AUGAAGACUCUAUCCGAUAACGAACUCGAGAGCCUCGCAGGCCAUUAUUUUGCUCCCAAAGGACUGUACCAGCACACCAAAAGCCUGCCAUUUCUGGGGCAGCUCAAGUGCAACACGACGAAACUCACUGCCGGUCAAUGGACUGAACUCAUCAUCGAUUAUACCGUCGGCGCCAGUGGCCUGGCCGAUGGAGCUUGGAUUAAGGGAACAUUCAAGUUUUACUCCGACUGGGCGCUCUUUCAAACGUCAGACCCUAAGCAGGACAACUACGUCUCAGCCGAGUACACACCUGGUCCCCUCCACGAAGGACAAACAGCCGCGACAGUUCAAUCACUAGCUGUCCGCUUCGACCAAAAGGGUCAUGAGAGACCGUUCCAGAAGGCAGUCAUCAUCGACAUCGUGGAUGGAUACAUGAACCCAGGGGAUAAGAUCGUAGUCCGCAUUGGGGACAGACGGUGGGGUUCACGGGGCACACGAGUGCAAACCUUCGUCGAGGACAAAUUCUUGAUGAGGUGGUAUAUCGACCCCGUUGGCACGUCGAGAUUUUCACCGAUUAAGCCAGAUAUCGCAAUUCCCAUUCUGCCUGGACCGAUCGCCAAGGUAAAAACUACAACGCCACGAGUUGUCAGGCCUGGUUUGCUGUUUCCAGUUCAUAUUCAUACCGAGGAUGCAUGGGGUAACGCCACAGCCGAUGUCGACAAUCUCAUAGCCGAAGUGCUCACUACCGAACACAACUCAAGAGAGCCUAUCUGGGAAAAGUCAUUGCCCUUUUCAGACAAGGGUUGGACAGUCGCCAAUACCACCACCACUAUCGAAAAAGUCGGCGACUAUGAAGUCUCGGUAACUGUUCUUGACCGGGAAAGGUCUGUCGUGGUCCAGACAAAAGACUACGUUUCCGUCGAUGCCUCCGUGCCCGUGCCUCGACCGCUUUACGCCGAUCUCCACGUCCACUCCGACGACACAGUGGGCACCAAUUCAACAACUUACAACUUCUCAUAUGCCAAGCAAAUCGCCGGUCUCGAUGUUGUCGGUUACACGGCAAAUGACUUCAACAUUACCAAGCAGCGUUGGGACCAGACGCUCGGAAUAAUCAAGCAAGUCAACAAGCCUGGCGAGUUUGUUGUCUUCCCUGGGACAGAAUGGUGUGGCAAUUCUGCUGCUGGGGGCGAUCACAACGUUGUUUUCCUUGACAACCCAGACAUCACGCAACCUGAGUUUCCUUUCGACAAGAACGGCAACGUAGCACGCAGCUUUGAGUGGAAUGAGGACGGCCCAGCGGAGCUGGUGCCAGGUGCUUGGCCUUUGGACGAAGUUUACGCCACCUACGCCCAUUCACCCGAAAGUCACCUUCUUAUUCCUCAUGUUGGCGGUCGGAGGUGCAAUCUUGCGUGGCACCACCCGCAGCUUGAACGUCUGCUCGAGAUUGGCAGUGCGUGGGGUCUUUUCGAGUGGUUACUUCGCGAUGCCGUUAAGCGGGGCUGGAAGCUCGGCGUCUCGGCCAACUCGGACGAGCACCGGGGCCGUUGCGGAGGUGGCGUCCCGGGAACUGCCGUGUUCGGUACCAAGGGUGGACUCACAGGCGUCCUGGCCGGGAAUCUCGAACGCGGAGAUGUUGCCAAAGCUCUUCGGGCCAGACGAACCUUUGCGACGACUGGAGAACGACUGGUAGGAAUUGUCAGCACAGGCAGCGGCAAUCUCCAAGGAGACGACAUUUCCGUGAAAAGAAGUGAGUCAGUUGACUUGAGGUACAAUUUCUUCGGUCACGAAGGCUUCUCCUCCAUCGAGGCUUGGGAUGCAAGCGGACGGAUCUUCCACCGCGAUCUCCAAGAAGAAGCAUCACAGCAGACAUCACAAAAAUCGCCCCGGAAAAUUCGUGUGAAAUGGGGAGGCGCUCGCGUGUACGAUCGAUACCGCGAGGCAGUAUGGCAGGGCUCAAUUCUCAUAGAAGGCGCCGCGGUCUCACAAAUUCGGCCAUUCGGAGGAGUGUUGGACAAUGCCGAAGAGGAAAUCAAGGUGGUAUCAGAGACGCAAGUUGUCUUUGAGACCCGAACGAGCGGAGACUUCGACGGAGUUGAUAUUUUGCUCACUGAGAUGUCCAAUCUGCCGUCCUCGAUUACCGUGUCUGGACAUCUGGGCGGGUACGUCAAAGUCGGUGACGCCCUCAAGGGCAACCCCCACAAGGCGCAACCUCGGUUCAAUGUAGUUGCGACUGGACAGGACGCGAUUCAAGAGGGCGGGGUACGAGAGGAUAUCCCCGGCGGUGCCGACCUCGGGAGCUCAACAACACAAACAGGGUUCUCUGUCAACGGCACCGCUCCGUCUACCGCAAAUCCAAUUGGCAACCCCGCGCUCCCUGGAGAUACGACGACUGGAGGCCUCAACUGGCUAGGAUUUGAUGUCACAGAGUUCAACAAAACCACCAUCCUAGCAUACAAUCUUGCUGUUGGCGGCGCUACCACGGACAACACGCUCAUUCCUACGUAUACAUCUGGUGUCGACACGUUCGUAGACCAAGUAGAUACUUUCUACAGGGCGUAUGUAAACGGAAUGAGUCCGUGGUCUUGGGACGAUGUUCUCGUCGGAGUUUGGAUUGCCAACAACGAUGUUGGACAAUCCUACGACAGGAAUGAUACCGCGUCUUUGUACCCAAAGGUUUCGACGCGGUACUUUGAGCAGGUUCAGCGCCUGUAUGACGCCGGUGCUCGCAAUUUUGUUAUCCUGACAUGCGCUCCUCAAGAAUCCACGCCUCUGAUGCUGGAAAAGGGUCCUGAAAGCAACGCCAAGGUCGCAGCCGCUGUCAAACUAUACAACACUAUCAUGGAGACAAACUUUGAUGACUUCAAGAAGUCCCAUCCAGAUAUUCGCGCUUGGCUUGUGAGACCCUCAAAGUCUUAUGAGGCUGCACUCGCGGACCCGGAGGCAUAUGGCGCACCCGACACUACGUGUACCAACGAAGACGGCCUCAGCUGCCUGUGGUGGAACAACUACCAUCCCGGGAUUCAGAUCCAUCGUCUUCUAAGCACCGACGUGGCAAGCACAGUGGGAGCGCCGUGGUUUGAGAGCCAGUAA